AUGAAAGCCCUAAAGGAAAGAAAAGCCCAUGACCACAUACCUCUUGACUACAAAGUCUCUGCCUACAGCUCUUUUCUCCGUGUUGUUUCAUCUCUCCAGUCAGGGCCCAUGACCUACUCAGUAAGUACAGUUCGCAGUCACAGCAGAAAUAUCUGUAACAGUUCAUUUUACCAGCUUUACAGAAAAUCUCCAGUGGCAUUUCCACGUAAACAGUCGCUUACGGAAAGGGUCUGCAGAGCAAAAGCCUGGGUGGACAAGGUCUCUGGCCUCUGCAGCACUCCCCAGGCCAAAGGUAUCCUACCUAUUUCGGAGGCGUGUAUAAAGAGCGACUCAGUCCCCACUAAACGAAAACGAACAGUAACCAGCAGCGAGGAAGCGCUGAUGGCCUGCCUGUGCGCCGGCGGCCCUGGGAAGCCCCACGCAAAGCCGCAGCCCGCCCCGCGGCCCACUGCAGAGCAGAGCUCCGCUGCCCGCAGGCGCGUGACCCACGGCCGGCGCGGGCCCGGCCUCCGCCGGAGAGGGCCUCCCGAGAGGAGGGGGCGGAGGGGGAGAGCUGGGGGGAAAGGGGAGGGGAAGUGCGAUGCGGCAUCACGGCGGCUGCGCGGCGCAGCCCCGGAACGCCUGAGCAGGAAACUCCUUUUUUGGGCCGCGGAAGUGCCAUAA